ACUCCCCCUCUGUGCAAAAGGAAGGGGUGGAGUCCUGCAAGUGACUCCCAAAAGGGAGAUAUCCUGAUGUCACGGUCUGGGUCAGGUUCAGAGACCAGUUGCUACAGCAGUUGUAAGGCUUACCUGAAACCAGCAGGAUGGGUACACCAGCGGGUAACCCUGGGAAUGACGCAGGCUCACCUGAGGUGCGGGGUCUAAGUAUUAACCGGUCUUCACGAGAGCUCCUAAUGGUGGAGAUGGAUUUGGUUGCGUGUGAAUACCAGGUCCCAGAUCUCAGGAUCAC